AUGCGCGACCACUCGCACCACCCCUCGAGCUUACGACCGCCUCCCUCGGCCGCGGGCUCCUGCAAAAAGAACCUUACGACCCUUGACAGAAGGCUCAUCACAUCAAACCAAACCAAACCUCACAAUCACCAGGAUCCUUCGGUUCUGAAGCCUCUGAGACUCUGUGGGCGAAGCUGCGGUCGCCAGGACAGACGACGCGAUAGUUCAGAGUUAGCGAACCACCGACGGAAGAGAAGCGAACGAAACGAAACAGCACAGGUCGAACAUGGAAGACAAGACCUUGAGCCAGAACAGACACGCGCCGGCGACCAGGAACCACAUCGUCUAUACCGACCACAAAGGCAGAAAGUGAGUAUAACUAAGUGCAUCAAUUAG